GAGUCCACCCUUACACAAACAUCCACACUCACAUUCCCAGACUCCCAUGCACCCUACAAGAAAGCUGUGACAUUUCCACUACUAGCCAAGCCACUCCCAGCCAAGCUUCAGCCUUGCACAGCCUGCUGCACAACUCACAGACGCUCAAACGCACACUCUCACCAUCAGUCAGCCUGCAUUCUUCCUCUAUGGCCUCCCACGCAGCCGCACUACUCGCCAUCAGCCUGCUGAUUCUGUGGACCUCCCAUGCUCAGAGUGGUACCAACGACGCAGAAGACUGCUGCCUGUUUGUGAGCAAGCGCCCUAUCCCUGCAAAUAGGGUGCAAUCCUUUCGAUACAUCCUCCUCCAGCAUGGCUGCCAAGUGCCCGCCGUUGUGUUCACCACACUGAGAGGCCACCAGCUCUGUGCACCACCAGAGAUGCCCUGGGUGCAACGCCUCGUCUUGAGAUUGAAGAGGAACGCUGCCAAGAGCAAGCUAAGUUAGCCCAUGACAGCCCCCAAGAGAGCCCUGUGUCUGAGUGGAGGAUGUGAAUCACUGCCACCCCGGAGAACCAAGACCUAGAAGACAGAACCAGACCUGUACAACAAGACCUGAGCAGGGCCUAGAGUGUUGGUGUGAGUGUGUGUGUGUGUGUGUGUGUGUGUGUGUGUGUGUGUGUGUGUGUGUGUGUGAAUGUGAGCAAGAGGGUGAGUGAGAGGGUAAGUGUAGCAAGAGCACAGCUUCCCCAUGCCCAGACUGCAAUAUUUCCAAUAAAGCCCACUGGUACCCAUGGUU